AUGCCAGAGACAGAUGAACAAGCGACAUCGCAUCCUCGUCCUCCAAUGGCAAAUACUAUUCCUCCACCAGAGAAAUUCUCCGGAGCAAACUCACCACAACAAUCGGAUUUGUGGCAAAAAUGGCUUCGCCGUUUUGAAAGAUAUCGCCUCGCCUCUGGCCUCAAACAUAAACCCGACAUCGAGCAAGUGAGUACUUUGUUAUAUUCAAUGGGUGAAUGUGCCGAUGAUAUCCUUCAAACGAUCAAUAUUGAUGAAGAGAAAGCGACUUACGAAGAAGUCAAAACUGCCCUCAACAAAUAUUACGAAGUCCGUCGUAACGUGCUUGUCGAGCGUGCGAAAUUCAACAAACGAGUCCAGCAGCAAGGAGAGUCUAUUGACACAUUCAUACAGGAUUUAUACAAGCUAGCUGAUGACUGUGAGUAUGGUACACUAAAGAAAGAGCUUAUUCGUGAUCGAAUUAUUGUUGGUGUGAUCGACGACACACUCUCUGACCGACUUCAAGCCAAGACAAAGCUAACCUUAGAAGAAACUGUACAACUAAGUAGACAGGCAGAGGCAAGAAAACAAAGCAAAGAAGUUGUACGUGGAAAUACACAGCCUAGCACUGGCAAUAACACUGUCAACUAUAUUAAACGUCCUACUCAAAACAACAGACCAAAUCCUAGAAACGAAGCAAAAGGUGAAACUAAGCAGUCCAAGAAAACCGCCCCACCUUCCUCAUGUUGUCCAUGGUGUGGUAACCGUCAGCGCCAUGACCGUAAACAGUGUCCAGCUAAAGAUGCUGCAUGCUUAAAAUGCAAGAAAAGGGGACAUUUCCAGUCAGUCUGCCGCAGCCAAAGCAAUCCAAAACCAAAAGUGAAUGAAAUCGAAGAUGAUGAUUCAGAUAUGCCCUUUCUAGGAGAAGUACUAGGAGAAAUAAAAGGUGGAGAAAAUUCCUGGAUUGUUCAAGUGGGAAUAAAUAACGUCACUCGUUGCAAGUUGGACACAGGAGCAGCAGUCUCUGUCGUCAGUGAUUCAUUACCUUGGAUAAAGCAACAGCCAUUGGAGCCUGUGAGACAAUCGCUCAUGGGUCCAGGGGGGACACGCCUUACUGUUGUUGGAUCCUUCCUAGCAACUAUCAAGUACAGACAAAGCAAGAUACAAGAGCGAGUCUAUGUCAUAAAGAACCAGUCGUGCUCUCUCCUCAGCAGACAGGCUUGUGUAAACCUCGGUCUUAUCAGACGACUAGAUGUGGAAGUUGAAGAGCUGAACACAGAAGCGCCUAACUUUAGAGCUGAAUUCCCUCAACUAUUCACAGGCCUGGGUAAACUCCAGACCGAAUGUCACAUCACUCUUCAAGAUGAUACAAAACCAUUCUGCCUGUAUAUAUGGAAAGCCAUGACUGUCUUCGUUGGUUAUUUUUUCAGUUAG